AUGUAUGUCGCCCGGCAGGAGGUCCUGUCACCGAGUGGCGUGGAGUUUGCCACAAGCCUCAACCUUACACCGUCAACGACUUGGACCAGAGGUUCCGAUGCUACGCCCAACGACUUCGUUUCGCGCGUCUUGACCAACUUGGUGGUCGCUCGCUCCCACUUUUUGCGUGUGUUCGAAGUGUGGCAAGAGCUAGCGCCUGCCUCCUCCGAGGUGGACCAUGAAAGGGAGAAAAGAGCGAAGGUUCGAAAAGGAACGGAAGCUGUCGAAGGAGAGGUUGCGAUGGACGAGGAUGGGGAGGGGUUUAUCAACGUCGGACAAUCCAUCGGCGAGAGUGGCAUUCCCAAAGCGAAUACUGUUGCCCGUCUGCGACUUGUACGCGAGCAUCGCCUACAUGGCAUGGUGACUGGCCUCGGUCGCAUCAAGAUUCUAUCCUCGCUUAAUGACGGCUUGGAUCGUCUGCUCAUAUCGUUCGAGGACGCCAAGAUUGCUGUCCUCGAAUGGUCGGAAGAACAACACGACCUGCUCACGGUCUCCAUCCACACCUAUGAACGGGCUCCCCAGUUGAUGUCGUUGAAUGCGUCCCUGUUCCAUGGGUGGCUUCGGGUUGAUCCUAUAUCGCGAUGCGCUGCUCUGGCUUUACCUUGCGACGCUUUCGCCAUCAUUCCCUUUCACCAGACUCUCGAGGAAGCUCCAUACGCCCCAAGUUUUAUCCUGGAUCUUACUUCCGAAGUUGAUCAGCGCAUUCACAACGUGGUCGAUAUGAGUUUCCUCCCCGGAUUCAACAACCCAACGGUCGCUGUUCUCUUUCAACCUACCCAAACGUGGACAGGGCGUCUGACAGAGUACAAAGACACGAUGAAGCUCCUAGUUUUCACGUUGGAUGCCGUCACUCGCAACUACCCGGUCAUCACCUCUGUCGACAACCUCCCCUACGACUGUCUCUCCGUGCAUGCCUGUUCGGCUGCUGUUGGCGGCGUCAUCGUGAUCACAUCCAACUCCAUCAUCCACGUCUCACAGAGCUCCCGCAGAGUUGCCCUUUCUGUCAACGGUUGGGCCUCCAGGGUCACCGACAUGUCGUUGGCACCCGUACAGGCUGAAUAUGCCACCCGAAAUCUAGCUCUAGAAGGAUCGAGGCUGGCGUUUGUGGACGACAGGACGUUUUUCUUAUUUCUCAAGGAUGGGACUGUGUACCCUGUGGAGCUAUCGCUGGAUGGUGCGGUGGUUUCGACGAUAUCUAUGGGCCACGCGCUAGCGCAAUCGGCGAUACCGGCUGUCGUUACACCGGUCACCCAAGAGCAUAUAUUCGUUGGCAGCACUGCAGGUACAUCCGUCCUACUCAAGAUUACGUCCGUUGAGGAAGAAGUCGAGGACAACGCGAGCGAUGCUGUUGCCGCAGCCGUGGUGGACACUGCAGACAGUAUGGUCAUGGACGAUGAUGAUGAUAUCUACGGUGUCUCGAUGAAAACGGAUGCCCAAUCCCUCAGUAAUGGGCACGCCAAUGGGACGCAUCUUUCCGUCAAGAAACGUUCCGUGACUCACCUUUCUCUCAGCGAUUCAUUACCUGGAUAUGGUUCAAUCUCGGACAUGUCGUUUUCGCUGGCUAAGAACGGCGAAAAAGUUGUUCCGGAGCUCGUCGCUGCUACCGGAAGCGGCUCCAUGGGAGGAUUCACGCUGUUCCAGCGUGAUCUUCCCGCGCGUACCAAACGCAAACUCCACGCGAUUGGUGGUGGUCGUGGAAUGUGGUCCCUCUCCCUCAGGCCAACCGUAAAAGUCAAUGGGACGUCUUACGAGCGCGCUGUGAACCCAUUCCAGGCGGACAAUGACACCGUCGUCGUUAGCACGGAUGCAAAUCCUGCCCCAGGACUGUCUAGAUUCUCGCACCGGACACCAAGGACAGAAAUAUCGAUAACCACUCGAGUUCCUGGACAGACCAUUGGUGCCGCUCCUUUCUUCCAGAGGACAGCGAUCCUACACGUUAUGUCCAAUGCCAUACGCGUUCUUGAACCAGACGGGAGCGAAAGACAGGUUAUCAAGGACCUGGAUGGCAACAUGGCGCGGCCCAAAAUCCGGCACUGCAGCAUUUGUGACCCAUUCGUGUUGAUCGUCCGUGAGGACGAUACGAUCGGUCUUUUCAUCGGCGAGAGCGAGCGAGGAAAGAUUCGUCGGAAGGACAUGUCCCCCAUGGGCGAUAAGACUUCCCGCUAUCUCACGGGUUGCUUUUUCACGGACAACGCCGGGGUCUUUGACCUUCGAUCUCAGGCGAAUGGCAAUUCUGGAGCAGACAAAACCGCAACCUCCACUCUCCAAGGAGUCGUCAAUGCUGACAGCCGGAGCCAAUGGUUGCUACUGGUGCGCCCUCAAGGCGUACUUGAGGCCAGUGAUCUUUCACCUAUUCCAGGAUGUCGUAGACUGAACGAAAAGCAGAUAUGGACUCUACCCAAGCUGUCCAUCGUGUUUUCCGUUCGCUUAGCUUCAACGCUUGAUUGGGUCCUCGCGGAUUCUGGAGACGGGCCUGCGUUGUCGAUGCCUGGGGAAUCGCCUCGGCGACCCCAAGAGCUCGACGUGGAGCAGGCUGUUAUUGCCCCUCUUGGAGAAACUGCGCCGCAACCUCAUCUUCUGUUGUUCCUCCGUUCAGGACAACUCGCCAUCUAUCAAGCCAUCCCGAUGCAAGCAUCAUCUGUAGACGAGUCGCUGUCUCGUCCCAGCCUUGGUGUUCGGUUCGCAAAAGUGGCUACCCGCGUCUUCGAAAUACAGCGUCAAGAUGAUUCGGAGAAGUCGAUUCUUGCCGAGCAAAAGAAGAUAUCCAGAGUGUUAAUACCCUUUUUGACGUCGCCAUCGCCGACAACUACUUUUUCAGGCGUCUUCUUCACCGGUGAUCACCCAUGCUGGAUACUGAAACCUGAUCGCUCAGGAAUUAGGAUACAUCCUUCCGGACACUCUGUGGUGCACGCGUUCACAUCCUGUUCGCUAUGGGAAUCAAAGGGCGAUUUUCUCCUGUACUCAGAUGAGGGCCCGAGCCUGUUGGAGUGGAUGCCAGACACAGAUGUCGAAACAGAGCUACCUUCCAGAUCAAUUCCUCAACCAAGAUCGUACUCUAAGGUUACGUUUGAUGCAUCUACGGGGCUCAUUGUAGCUGCGGCCCAUCUUGAAGCUGAGUUCGCCACGUAUGAUGAAGACAACAAUAUCGUCUGGGAGCCCGACUCUGCCAACGUCAGUUUCCCUCGCAGUUCUUGCUCAACCCUGGAACUCAUCUCCCCGGAUGAAUGGAUCACGAUGGACGGGUUCGAAUUCGCCAACAACGAAUUCGUAACCUCGGUUGAAUCUGUGCCACUCGAAACAUCAAGUACCGAGAGCGGUAGCAAGGAUUUUAUAGCAGUAGGCACCACCAUUGACCGCGGUGAAGAUCUUGCUGUUCGAGGAACGACCUACGUCUUCGAGAUUGUGGAGGUAGUUCCUCCAGAAAACUCGUCGUUGUCACGAUGGUGGAAGCUACGGCUGAGAUGCCGUGAUGACGCCAAGGGACCCGUUACUGCGCUCUGUGCUAUGGACGGCUAUCUGGUGUCUUCCAUGGGUCAAAAGAUCUUCGUCCGAGCAUUCGAUAUGGACGAGCGCCUCGUUGGAGUCGCAUUUCUGGAUGUUGGCGUCUACGUGACCACAUUGCGGGCUGUCAAGAAUCUGUUAGUCAUCGGCGACGCGGCCAAAAGUGUAUGGUUUGUGGGGUUUCAGGAAGAUCCAUAUAAGCUCGUGAUUCUGGCCAAGGACUUCCAAACCGUGUGCGUUACUACGGCCGACUUCAUCUUCACCGAAGAUUCGAUGUCUAUCUUGACGAAUGACGAGAACGGUGUGAUGCGGUUGUAUCAGUACGAUCCACAAGAUCCCGACUCCAGGAACGGACAACAGCUAAUGUGCCGUACUGAGUUCGAUACACAUACGACGUGUCAAACCUCCAUCGUAUUCGCUCGUCGUGUUGGUGAAGGUGAGGAGGCCGCUUUACCUCAAGCAAAAGUCGUUGCAGGUUCCAUUGACGGGUCCCUCGCCGCAUUAACAUGCAUGGAUGAGCCCGCAUUCAAACGACUACAGCUACUGCAAGGACAGCUGACAAGGAACAUCCAACAUGUGGCGGGUCUCAACCCUAAGGCCUUCCGGAUUGUCCGUAACGAUUACGUUUCCAAGCCGCUCUCGAAGGGCAUCCUGGACGGCAACCUGCUAUCUUCCUACCUAGAGCUUCCUAUUCCCCGCCAGGAAGAGAUCACCAAACAAAUUGCAACAGAGCGCGCUGCCGUUUUGCGCGACUGGACCAGUAUAGGAUCUGUAUGGUAG